GGCCCCCGCCGGCCGCGGGAGAGUGAGCGCGGGGGGCGGACGCCGCGAACCUCUCUGGCCGCGGAGCUCCAGGAACGGCCUUUGAAGGAGAAAAAUCGUAGCACGGGCCUAAUCGCUAGGUAUGAGAAGGAAACCCAGGCGACCUGUCUAUCACCUGCUUCCACCGAAGCAAAACUCUCCCCAUUUCCCUUCACUUCCGGCAAGGGUCCCCAGGUGAGCCCCGCUAGCUUGGGGUUCAGCGCCGGGCCCCAAUUCUCUCUCCCCUGCGCGUUUUCCCGGAGGCCAAUAAGACGGGAACCUCUUCCGGCUGCGAAACAUGGCGGCACUCAUGGUCCGGACCUCAUUUAGGGUGGGACCGUACGGCACUUCCGCUCAAGAGCAGCUGUUCCGCCAGCCAGCGCCGCGGACUUUGAGCAUGGGGUCCUGCGGCCUGGCGCGGCUGCAGGGGCUCUUCGCUGUCUACAAACCCCCGGGGCUAAAGUGGAAGCACCUGCGGGACACCGUGGAGCUGCAGCUUCUGAAGGGUGUCAAUGCUGGGAAGCCUCCUGCCCCUGAACAGCGUGUUCGUUUCCUGCUAGGACCCGAAGGAAGCGAUGAAGAGAAGGAGCUUACCCUCACAGCCACCAGUGUGCCCACCCUCACCAACCAUCCCCUGGUCUGCGGACCAGCAUUCACCAGCCUGAAGGUUGGUGUGGGACACCGUCUGGAUGCCCAGGCGUCUGGGGUGCUUGUACUCGGCGUGGGACAUGGAUGCAGGCUCCUCACCAGCAUGUACAAUGCUCACCUCACCAAGGAUUACACAAUACGUGGCCUCCUGGGCAAAGCCACAGAUGACUUCUGUGAGGAUGGGCAGCUGGUGGAGAAGUCAACAUAUGACCAUGUGACUAGAGAGAAGCUGGACCGAAUCCUGGCCCUGAUCCAGGGCUCCCAUCAGAAGGCCCUGGUGAUGUACUCCAACCUGGACUUGCAGACCCAGGAGGCCUAUGAUAUGGCUGUGAGAGGCUUAAUCCGGCCCAUGGAUAAGUCCCCGAUGCUGGUAACGGGCAUCCGAUGCCUCUACUUUGCACCUCCGGAAUUCCUCAUGGAGGUGCAGUGCAUGCAUGAGACACAGAAGCAGCUGAGAAGGCUGGUGCAUGAGAUCGGCCUGGAGCUGAAGACCACUGCUGUCUGCUCCCAAGUACGGCGUACACGUGAUGGCUUUUUCACUCUGGACGAUGCCCUCCUGAGGACCCAGUGGGACUUACACAGCAUCCAGGAUGCCAUCCAGGCUGCUGCUCCCCGGGUGGCAGCGCAGCUGGAGAAGAGCUUGAGGCCAGGCAUCCAGCAGCUUCCAUGUCCAGGCCGGCUCUGGGACUCCAGAGGGCCUAGCUCUGGCUCAGGGCUAGAGAGAGCUGUUCACGGCAUUGAAAGGCCAGGUGGCUGGCGGGGCAGUGAAUGGAUAAGAAUUGUUGGCAAGUUGGAAUUGAUAACUGUGCAGAAAGCAAGAGUAGGGGAAACUUUUCUACAUGUGACAUAAAACUCUGAAGCUGUAAGAAAAAAGAUCCAACAGAUUUGACCCAAUUGGGAUCAAAGGAAAAAUUUCUUUAUGGAGGAAAAGAUGAUAAACAAAUGAUAAGACAGGUAAAAAUAUGUAUGAUAUGUUUAAGAAUGACUAUCCAAGGGCACCUGCGUGGCUCAGUCAGUUAAGUGUUUGCCUUUGGCUCAGGUCAUGAUCUCAGGGUUCUGAGAUUGAGUCUGCAUGGGGCUUCCUGCUCAGCGGGGAGAUUGCUUCUUCCUCUUCUCCUCCCCCCCCCCACCCCCCCGCUCAUGUGUGCGCUCACUCUCAAAUAAAUAAAUAAAAUCUUUCUUAAAAAAUGAAUGAGAAUCUUGGAAUGCCUGGGUGGCACAGCGGUUUGGCGCCUGCCUUUGGCCCAGGGCGCGAUCCUGGAGACCCGGGAUCGAAUCCCACAUCGGGCUCCCGGUGCAUGGAGCCUGCUUCUCCCUCUGCCUGUGUCUCUGCCUCUCUCUCUCUCUCUCUCUCUCUGUGACUAUCAUAAAUAAAUAAAAAAAAUAAAAAAAAAUAUUAAAAAAAAUGAAUGAGAAUCUGUAAUAUAUAAAGAGCUCUUAUAAAACAGUAAGUAAAUUGGGCAAAUGACAUGAAUUUGUGUGUGUGUGUGUGUAAAUUCAAAUGGCCAAUAAACCAGAAAUGAUGCUCACCCUCUCUAAUAAUAAAAAACAUACAGUAGAAAAUCA